AUGACCGGCGACCGGAAGGAAAAGCAGGCUCAGGCCGAAGCACAGUUACAUGAUCAGACAAAUCUACUUCCGAAGAAAGAACUCAUUCUGGUCUUUUCGAUCAUGGCUUCAUCACUUCUCGUCUGCUUCCUGGACCAGAACGGUAUAGGAGUACUCUUACCAUCGAUAGCCAAAGAUCUCAACGCAGAGUCUUCGAUCUCCUGGGCAGGAACGUCAGCCCUCAUCGCAAAUACCGUCUUUCAAGUCUUAUACGGGAGACUAUCUGACCUGUUCGGCCGGAAGAGAGUCAUACUUUCUGCUUUGAUUUUGCUCUCCCUCAGCGACUUGGCAUGUGGCUUGAGCGUCAACAGCACGAUGUUGUAUAUUUUCCGCGGUCUGGCAGGAGUGGCGAACGGUGGUAUUGCCUCGCUGUCGAUGAUGAUCGUCAGCGAUGUGGUGACAUUACAAGAACGAGGGAAAUACCAGGGUAUCCUAGGAUCGAUGGUCGGAGCAGGUAAUGCGGUUGGACCGAUCAUUGCAUCUGCGUUCGCUACGAACUUGACAUGGCGAGGACUGUUCUACAUGCUUGCGCCGGCAUGUCUGCUGGCAUUCGCGGCGAGCUGGAGGUGGCUACCAUCGAAUAUGCCGAAACUGAACUUGAAAGAGACAGUGGCGAAGAUUGACUUUCUGGGCUUGUUCUUCGGCACAGCAGCGGUCAUCCUGCUUCUGAUCCCCAUCUCUUCCGGAGGGCGUGCCGACACACCUUGGGACUCUCCGCUGGUCAUCGCGAUGCUGACUGUUGGAGGAGUAUGCCUCGUCCUCUUUCUUUUGAUUGAGUGGAGGUUCGCAAAGCUACCCAUGAUGCCACUGGGGAUGUUCAGAAAAGUAUCCGUGUCGGCCAUGCUCGGACAAAGUUUCAUGCUCGGCUUGGCCUAUUACAGCUAUCUGUAUUUUGUCCCGUUGUACUUCCAGAACGUGCGCGGUAAAAGCGCAUUGACUGCGGCAUGUUUACAGCUGCCAAUGGUAGUAACACAGUCGAUUUUCUCGGUCUCUGCCGGUCUGUACAUCUCAAAAGUUGGGCGGUAUGGUGAGGUAAUCUGGUUUGGAUUUGGAAUUUGGACUCUUGGAUCUGGGCUGCUGAUGAUGGCUGACCGAAACAUCCACAUUGGCCUCGUCUCGUUCUUCCUCGUCCUCAUCGGCGCGGGCACUGGAUGUACUUUCCAGCCCACACUCGUUGCUCUCCAGGCUCAUUGCCCCAAGGCUCAGAGGGCAGUAGUGACCUCGAAUCGAAACUUCCUUCGCAGCUCUGGAGGUGCCGUUGGUCUUGCAGUUUCUUCUGCGAUCCUGGCAAAUGUUCUCAAGGGCUCUUUGCCUUCGAGGCUGCAUUCCGUAGCAAGUAGCACAUUUGCUGUCCCGAAUCUUGGCAACUACAGCAUUUCUGACCAAGAGGCGAUUGCGGAUGCCUAUGCAGCUGCUAGCAGAGCGGUGUUCAUUUGUUGUCUGCCAGUCGCUGCCAUUGCCUUCCUUCUAUCGGCACUCAUAAGAGAUAAGGGUUUGGUUCGAAAGGAGGAAAAGGUCGGCGUAGACCAGGACAAGAGUGGCGUGGCGAACUCGGCCCAAGACAUUGAGCAAAGCAAGGAACAGGCGGAGUAA